AUGUACAUUCAGAACUUUGCAUCUGCCCAGAAAAUGGAAUCAGACUUGUUCAGUCUUGGUACGAUGAGUAUUGGCGCCAAGGAAGCUUGUCUUGAAUUUGGGCAUGAACUACGAUCCAACUCGCAACUCAAAUUCAACGUCAUCACACACCUUAUGGUAUGCGAUGGGAUUCCUCACUCGAAGCAGCUUCUCCCCGAGUGGAAUGGAGUUUGGCGCACGUCUUUCUGA